AUGACCGAUCGAAACGAGAGUGACCGUAAAAUAGGCCAGGAAAUAGCCAAGGACGGCCGACCCCCACUGAAAGACAAGGCACGUACUUUUACGAGACGACGUGAACAGUUUCGCAACGCACAGAGAGCGCAUCACGAUCGAGAAAAAGACACACUCCACGAUCUGCAGAAGCGAGCAGAUGAGCUGGAAAGUGGCGUUGAAGGAAUUGUGCAUGCAUUCUUUGAUCUGAGCAAGCAGUUGCUGGACACGAAAGCUCUUGAAAAUAACCUUGACUUGGCGUCAGCCUUGCAGGAGAUGACCAGGGAGUGCAUAUCGCUAGCGGAGAUGACGCAGAUGAAAUCCGUAGCUAAUUGA